AAAUUCUAGAAAUACCUAGACAAAUUGAAUUUUUCAUCCCUUUUCGAAUAGCGCAAUAUAAGAUCAAAGCGUUAUUAAAUAAAUUGACGUUAAAAAACUUUGAUUCUAUAUCAAAUCAAAUUAUUUUCUAUGCUAACAAUAGAAGAGAUGGAUAUAUGUUUAGGGAAAUAGUUCGACUUAUAUUUGAAUCUCAUGAUGAACAGAAUUUCAGUGCAAUAUACUAUGCUAAGCUUUGCUCUAAGAUGAUAGAAAGAGUCGAUCCUAAAAUAAUUUCCUUCAAAAAAUCCAGGAAUAAGUUUCUUAAAGGCGGUAUUUUAUUUAAAAAGCAUCUUAUUGGUCGUUGUGAAAACGAUUUUAAGAAUGGUUCCUGGAAGGUUAACAUUGAAUUGCCCCUCAAUAAAAAUGGGGAACCGGAUCUGAUGUCAAAUGAAUAUUAUGCGGCUGCGAAGAUUAGACGACAAGGUCUUGGUUUAAUUAGUUUCAUUGGCGAAUUAUUUAAUUUAAAUAUUAUUUCCGAGAAAGUCGUAUAUGAAUGUAUUGAGAAAUUUUUAGAAUUACCUGAGGAAGUAGAAAUGGAAAAUUUAUGUAGAUUAAUGAAUAUAGUAGGAAAACAACUUGAUCAUAUCGAAUCAAACAAACGUGAUCAAAAAAUGGAAUCAUACUUUGAACAAAUGGAGGAGCUAUCAACAUCUCCGAAUUUGUCAAUCCGCAUUAAAUUUAUGUUAAUGAAUGUUAUAGACUUACGAAAUAAUGCUUGGGAACCUCGAGAGUCGAGAAAGAGAAAUAUUUAAAUUUAAUGAUAAUGUUUAACUAUCAUACCCCCUCCCCUGUAUUUCAAUAGAUAAAUUAUUACAAUUUACAGUAUAUUUUUAUAUUAUUUUUUUUAUAUUUAUAUUAUAAAUAA